AUGGGGGGAACGCCAUUUCAGGUCUACGUUAUUCCCGCUCGUGGUUGUCGUCGCUGCUCCUCGCCGUUAGAGCUGAUCCUGGCCAUCGAGUGGAAGGAAAAUGUGCAUUGCCAUCGUACUAGGCUGAACCGAACGGAGAACCGCUUCUCAAAAGCCGUCAGCUUCCAUUGUAUGCUGAGAACUCAACAAGUAAAGUGGAAGGGUGGAAGGACGCCGGAAUCUUUGUCGGAGGUGAAGAGGGUCUUCGUUAAAGGCUGGGCCAACCUGGUGGAGCUGUUAUUCGGUGGUCUUGGGAUUGUCAUCAUGGGAAUCGGGGAAGAACACUCCCUUCCAUUAACACCAUCUACCUCAAAUACACCAACCCCGGACAUACCAAUAACUUGUUCGAGCUUUGCAAAUUACAUGCCUGGUUAUUAUGGAGCAGUGCCUAGAUGGUCACCGACUUUUUUGCCAUAUCCAGAUGGCAACCAAUAUCCAUUUCAAUAUGGGAUGAGACCUCCCUUACCUGUCAUCAAUACCUGUUCCGUUACAAGCACAACAGUUGAUAAAGAUAAAGAGGAUGGAGUAAAUUGUGUAGAAACUGAAUCUCCAUGUACCUCCUCUAGAAUUGUGGAAACGAGUAAAGAGGAUAGACGAGAUUCUAUGGAAACCGAUGACAAAAGUGCUGGGACACCUCAGAUAAUGCAAAUAGAUGGUGAUGAUUUAAUUGAGGAGCCAAAGUCGGGUAUGCAGUUUAAUUCUUUUGAAGAAUUAAUUGAGUAUUAUAAAGAAUAUGCUAAGAAAUGUGGAUUUGGAGUGAUGACACAAAGGAGUGAGAGGGGAGAGGAUGGCAGUGUCAGAUAUGUCACCCUUGGUUGUGCCCGUGGUGGGAAAGCUCGGAAUAGGACGUUAAAUGUCGCCAAACCCCGUCCGACAGGAAAGACGGAUUGUAAGGCAAAGAUAAAUGCCUUAAAAGUAGAGGGAAAGUUGCAGUUGACAACUGUUCAAAAUGGCCAUAAUCACGGCCUCAGUCCGCAGAAAUCCCGAUUCUUUCGAUGUAACCGAGAGGUGAGUGACUCCGUAAAAAGAGUCCUAGAUACAAAUGACUUGGCUGGCAUUCGAAUGAACAAGAGCUUUGGAUCUCUUGUUGUUGGCGCUGGUGGAUUCGAGAACCUCCCAUUUUUAGAGAAAGAUUGUCGCAAUUAUAUUGACAAAGCACGGCAUCUACGACUUGGGAAAGGUGGUGCCGGAGCACUUCGAGAGUACUUUUGUAGAAUGCAGUACAAGAACGACGGGUUUUUUGCUUUGAUGGAUUUAGAUGAUGACGGGAGGUUGAAGAAUGUAUUCUGGGCAGACCCACGUAGUAGGGCAGCUUAUCAGUAUUUUGGGUUGAUUUCUAGCGAGGAUACGGAGACCUUUAUAUGGUUAUUUGAGACUUGGUUGCAAUGUAUGAAUGGUAUAGCUCCAAAAGCUAUUAUCACAGAUCAAGACAGGGCAAUGAAAAAUGCAAUUGCUACUGUCUUUCCAGAAACACGACAUAGAUUUUGCCUAUGGCAUAUUCUGAAAAAAGUUCCCGAGAAGCUUGGGUCUCAUAGUGCCUACAAAACAGGCUUGAAAAAUCAGUUGAUGAAAUGUGUAUAUGACACGCAAAGUAUUGAAGAGUUUGAGAGUUGUUGGAACGGGUUCAUUAACACUUUCAACUUGCAUGAGAACGCCUGGUUGCAAAGUUUAUAUGCUGAGCGUGGCCAUUGGGUGCCGACCAACUUGAAGGAGUUUGUUGACCAGUUUGACAAUGCAUUGAAAAAGAAAAUUGAGAAUGAAAAUAACUCAGACUUCCACUCAUUUAAUGUCAGUAUUCCCUGCAUAUCUAGAUCUCCAAUUGAAAAAAAAUUUCAAGAACUGUACACCAAUGCGAAGUUUAGGGAAGUUCAACAGCAAGUCAUGGGUGUGCUCGAUAUGGAUCCAUCAAUACUUAAAAGGGAUGGUGGAAUUAAAACUUAUCUGGUCGAUGAUGAGGUUCAUGUUGAAGAGUUCAGUAAGUGCGUUACAUAUUCUGUGGAAUUUAAUGAGGAAGAUUGUGAUGCAAAGUGUUCGUGCGGGUUAUUUCAGAUGAGGGGGAUACUGUGUAGGCAUAUUCUGGCUAUAUUCAAAUGUAAUCAGAUAAAAUCAUUGCCGGCGAAGUACCUUUUAGAUCGAUGGAGAAAAGAUAUCAAACGGAGAUACACUUUAAUCCGCAGUAGCUAUGACGUAGGGGAUCACCAUCCAGAUGCUAACAGAUAUUCCCGUCUGUUGAAUAUCUGUUAUCAGAUGAUAACUUAUGCAGCGGGUUCCAAUGAGCACACUGAGGAUGCAGAGGGAAAGUUAUAUGGGAUGAUUGACUUAUAUCGUCAUAAUCAACAAGCACCAUCUAUGACGCGAACAGGUUCCAAUGUGGAUUGUCCGCAAGUGGAGCCAACUACAGUUGAUAGUUCAAAGGUGGUGCUGAGUCCACUAGUUGUGAGAGGGAAGGGCAGGCCCCCAUCUCUGAGGAGAGCUUCUACGAUGGAGAAACGGGUGCUGAAGGUUAAAGCGAAGAAACAAAAACCACCUGUAAAGGCACAUGUAAAAGGGAAACGUAAACAGGUGCGCUAUAAUGGAAAACCUCUUUAUGCUUAA